UUUUUGGAUACAAUCGAGUUCGCGACGGAUGCUAUCGACAAAUAUCAGAAGUAUAAGAAAAUAAAGAAGGUGUACGAUGGUUUGGAAUUGAUUGACGAAGGUUACCAGAAAAUUAAGGGUGGUUCCCAGGUUCAAGAGGGGAUUGAAGCGGUUGCUGCAGGCCUACGUAUGCUAUACAAAGUUGGCAAAGGGUUAUUCAGUUGA